UGAGAAAUUUUCGCGGGAGAUUAAUGGAAGUAUAGGUGGGCCUUCACCAGCACUUGGACCGUCAUCCCAUGAUCACAUUAUUAAUAUAAAUGUUUCCGGAUUGAUAUUUCAAACUUAUGAGUCGACUUUAUCAAGGUAUCCAGCGACAUUACUUGGAAAUCCAAUAAAAAGGGAAAAAUUCUGGAAUGAAGACACUAAAGAAUAUUUCUUUGAUCGACACAGGACCAGUUUUGAGUCAAUUUUAUAUAUUUAUCAAAGUAAUGGAACAGUUAAACGACCUGAAACAGUACCAAUCGAGUUGUUCCUGAAAGAAAUGAGGUUUUUUGAGAUGGGUGAAGAAAUAAUGGAAUCUUUUUGGACAAAUGAAGGUUAUGAAAAACCAAAAGAAAUUAAAAUGCCUCGCAAUAAUUUACAACGACGUUUGUGGGAAUUGAUGGAAUAUCCGGAUUCAUCAUUGUCAGCGAGAGUUAUGGCACUUUUAUCAAUAUUCAUUAUCAUUGUAUCAAUAGUUUCAUUUUGUUUGGAAACCCUUCCCGAUUUUAAAGUCGAAACGGAUUCCGAUGAACCCUCUCGGAAAUGGUCUCAUCCAUUCUUUUGGAUUGAAUUCAUUUGUAUUAUAUGGUUUACUAUUGAAUUAUUACUGCGAUUUAUAAGUUGCCCUGGAAAGCUUGUAUUUAUGCGAUCAUUCCUCAACAUAAUUGAUUUUAUCGCUAUUGCACCUUUUUUUGUCAAUUUAUUUUGGACGGAUGCAACUAAAUCAGGUUCUUCAAUGUCUUUUGCAGUGCUUCGAGUCUUAAGACUGGUACGAGUUUUCAGGAUUUUCAAAUUAAGCAGGCAUUCAGUGGGUCUUCAAAUUCUUGGUAAAACGUUUCGUGCUUCUGUGCAGGAAUUUUGCCUUUUAAUAUUUUUUCUGGCAAUCGCUUUGGUUAUUUUUUCUAGCGGUGUUUAUUUUGCUGAGCAAAGUGAGCCGGAUACAAAAUUCACUUCUAUUCCAGCAUCAUUUUGGUUUGUUUUGGUGGGAUUGUAUGGCAAAUUGGUUGGAGGUAUAUGCGCAUUAAUAGGUGUUUUAACGCUCGCUCUACCAAUACCUAUCAUCGUAAAAUUUAUUUCUUUAUAA